UCCCGAGCGCUUUCGCUCGAAGGAAUCGCACGCGUCGUCGCGGUCGCGGUCGCGAUCGUCCAUCCCGCGCGCGAAUCGCUUCGGUCGUCGUCUGUGGUAAAAGAUCGUUCGUUCGCGCGGCGGCGAGAAGAGGCGCGCGGAUCCGGAUUGACCCGCGAUGGGAGCGUACCUCUCUCAGCCGAUCACGGAGAAGGAGAGCACGGACGGGGAGGAUGCGAGGUUUAAGUACGGCACGACCGCGAUGCAGGGGUGGCGGACGAACAUGGAGGACGCGCACGCGACGGUGUUGGGCAUGGAUCACAACACCGCGUUCUUCGGCGUGUACGACGGCCACGGCGGGAAAGAGGUCGCCAUCUACGUCAGCCGUCACCUCCACGAGGUCUUCGCGCGGAGCGAUCAGUACAAAUCGAACGUCUCCCAGGCGCUCAUCGACUCGUUCCUCGCGAUGGACGUCAACAUGAUCGACAUCAGCGGCAAGGACGAACUCCAGGAGCUCGCGGGCAACGGCGGCGACCGCGACGGCGGCGGCGGCGGCGGCGGCGGCGGCGGCGGCGGCGGCUUAUCGAGUAAGAUGCGUCAGGCGCUCCUCGCGCGCGCGCGCGCCAACGGCGACGACGUCGGCGACAUCGGCGACGACGACGAAGGCGCGCAGCACUGGGACGGCCCGCAGGCGGGGACGACGUGCGUCGUCGCGGUCGUGCGCGACGACGUGCUCACCGUGGCCAACGCGGGGGACUCGAGGGCGGUGCUGUGCCGCCGCGGGAAAGCCGUCGCGCUGUCGCGGGACCACAAGCCGAUGGACGAUGACGAGCGCGCGAGGAUAGUGAAAGCCGGCGGGUUCGUGCAAGAAGGGCGCGUGAACGGGUCGCUCGCGCUGUCGCGGGCGAUCGGCGACUUGGAGUACAAGCGGAGUAAGGAGCUCAGCGCGCGGGAUCAGAUCGUCACGGCGUAUCCGGAGAUUCACUCGGAGAAAAUCUCAGCCGGGGACGAGUUCGUGGUCAUCGCGUGCGACGGGAUCUGGGACGUCCUCACGUCGCAGCAGUGCGUGGACUUCAUCCGCGCGCGGUUGCGGCACGACGAGCCGCUGUCGAAGAUUUGCGAGUCGCUCGCGGACGAGUGCAUGGCCCCGGACACGAAGGGGAGCGGCAUCGGGUGCGAUAACAUGUCCGUCGUCAUCGUGUUGCUCAAGGAACUCGCGUGGGAGGAAGGCCCGGACGGGGGGAAGAGGCUGCGCGAGCGCGACCUCGGCGCGCUCGGCGCGCUAUGACGGACGA